AUGAUUGCUGAUAUAGACGAUUGCAUAAAUGCGGUUUGUUUGAACGGUGCUACCUGUGAGGAUUUUGUUAAUGACUACACCUGCCAUUGUACGCCAGGUUUCACAGGAACACAUUGUGAAAUAGAUAUAGACGAUUGCAUAAAUGCGAGUUGUUUAAACGGUGCUACCUGUGUGGAUUUAGUGAAUGACUACACCUGCCAAUGUACGCCAGGCUUCACAGGAACAAACUGCGGAAUAGAUAUAGACGAUUGCAUAAAUGCGGUUUGUUUAAACGGUGCUAACUGUGAGGACUUUGUUAAUGACUACACCUGCCAUUGUGCGCCAGGUUUCACAGGAACACAUUGUGAAAUAGAUAUAGACGAUUGCACAAGUGCGAGUUGUUUAAACGGUGCUACCUGUGUGGAUUUAGUGAAUGACUACACCUGCUGUUGUGUGCCAGGCUUCACAGGAACACACUGUGAAAUAGAUAUAGACGAUUGCAUAAAUGCGGUUUGUUUAAACAAUGGCACAUGUGAAGAUUUAGUGAACGCCCACACCUGCCAAUGUACGCCAGGUUUCACAGGAACAGUCUGUGAAUCAGUUUAUAAAGAUCCAUGUCUACCGGGGUGGACUCAUGACAGAAAUAGCUGUUAUCUCUACGUCAGCACUACAUUUAACUGGCUAUCGGCAGUUUCUCACUGCCAGUCCCUUGACCCGAACGCCUAUCUUGUCGAGAUAACAGAUGAUGCUGAAAACACACUUGUAUACACAAUAUCAAGUCUUUCCGAUGUUUGGAUUGGUUUAUCAGACAGGAUCUCAGAAGGCAAUUUUUAUUGGGAAAAUUCUGGAGACAUCUUAACAUAUAUACCAUAUGGCAUUAUGUACUAUACAGAAAGCGCUAGUAAAGACUGUGUUUUUAUGCACAUUGAACACUGGGACGCGGGCUAUUGUACAAAUUACCGACCUAUAGUAUGCGAAAUGCCAGAGCAGUAAAACGUGGAGACACAAUGGGACCAAGUCAAUGGAUGACUACUUUUACAUUUCAUAUACCUUUGUUUUCUUUAUUUCGUUAAAAUUAAUAUUUACAACACACUCUGUGUGAGCGGGCGCUUCGUGUUUACUAUUAUUUUCUAAAUGUUGAGGAAAUCGCUCCAAAAAAAAAAAAAAAAAGAAAUCUAUAUUUGGCUUAUUUCUGGAGUCAGAAAGGUAGCAAAGACAGUGUAAUGUUUGUAAGUAAUGUGCUGGAUUUGAAAAUGUAUUGCUUUUCUUUUCUUUUCAUGGGUUUAAUUGUUUUGGUUUUUUUAGAUGUUCAUUUUUAUCAUCUAAUUCAUUACUACUGCUCUGUUUACAAUUCUUUUCAACGGACCAUAUAUAGUGGGACGCUUGAAAAUGAACCAAUAAAUAACUUAAAAAAACCAUUUCUGUACCUACAAUCACAAGCAGUAGUCACGUGAUAUAUAGUUUAUUUGACUGAUAAGAAUUAUAAAUGUUUCAGAAGUUAACCUCUGAAAUAUAUAGGUCCUGGAUAUAAAGCAUUUCUACUGUUAUAAGUGUCCUCAAAGUCAGUGUAGCAAAAUGUCAUAGAGAAUAAUUUUCAUUUCUUGGCGUCAACGUGUAGAAUUUGGGGCGAAUCUAAUGUUCAGGAGACGAGUAGAAUUUAGGGCGAAUCCAAUGUUCAGGAGAAGAGUAGAAUUUAGGCGAAUCCAAUGUUCAGGAGAAGAGUAGAAUUAGGGCGAAUCCAAUGUUCAGGAGACGAGUAGAAUUUAGGGCUAAUCCAAUGUUCAAUUUGGGGCGAAGCCAAUGUUCAGAAGACGAACAGUUUUAUCUCAAUGAAAAAUAAUAUUGUUUAAUUAUCAUAUAAAUUUUGUUAUCAUUAUUUCAUGUGGGAACAUAUAGCAAAUAAAUUUAUGGGACAAAAA